AUGUCCGCAUCGCAGCAAAACCCCACCUGGUGGGCGAGCGAGGCAGAGGAGCGCUUCGAGCGGGCUUUUGGCCUAUCCACAGCACCACGCGGCGACUCGCCUCCUUCGUAUGAGAGUACCAUAACCUUAUACCCGCCCUGCAACAUGUUAUCGGCCCCUGGUUCAUCACGGCAACUCGAGGACCUCGAGCAAUGGCGGUGGCCUGACGCGCGUCACCAAAGUCGAGUCGGACUCGAGGACGUCGAUACUGAAGGCGUGCGCUCAACGCAUGAUUUCGUAGGCAGUCAUGUCCAACGCGUACCUUUACUUGCCGCUCCGAUAGGAGAAGAUCCUUUCAUGGCAGCCCCUGGAGCCGCAUAUCGACAACCAGUCCGCAAUGUACAUCCAAAGCAAAGCAGAGGAGGGCGUCGCCCACCCAUAAUGGGACGGCUCCAGCAUCAUACAUUACCGCAACGUCCAGUAGCGCCAUCCAACGGCACGAUCCAACAGCUACAUCUCGCGCCGAACACAAUGCCACCCAUCAGAACCCAAUCCCUCGCCCAGUCACUGCUGACUAGACCAGCGACAGCAAAGUCACUCCUUUCAGUCAAAAAAGGACGCAGGGGAUCAUCAAAAGCAACCGGGAUUCCAUUCGGCAACUUCCAGCAAGAUAGACCACCAUUCAACGUCCAGCCUCCCCUCGACGUGGAAAUUGGCAUGUGUGAGAUAUGUAUCUUCAUGCCGAACUGGCUACACAUUGUAGAAGUGGUAGUCCGCCUCAUGCGAAAUGGAGCAAGCCGCGGAAUCCUCGCCAAAAUGCAACUGCUCGCUACAGGAGAGCUCACUCAAGAGAACUUUAUCCGCUGUAAAAAUAAAAUCCAGCAGCAGUUUGGAGAGUGCGGGAGACUUUACUACGGGACUAAUAGCUGGGAUAUAAAUCUCGCUAGGAAUGAUGGCGUGGAGGAUGAUUUGACUGCGAAUAGCUGGGCCACGCAUCGGAGAGGCUCGGCUGUUAAGUUUGAGCAUAUGAAAUUGGCAGACAUCUACUCCGCGGUGCCCACUGCCAAUUUUCCCACUGGGAGAGACCGGCUGCUGUUCACGCAGUGUCUGGAGUUUGCUCGGAGCAAUCCACAGCUGGACCUUGAUACUUCGCAUUUCGAUUGGAUUAUUCAAAGUCAAGGCUUACAAGCUCCUCUUGUGCCGGUGGGUCGGAAUCGUGACGAGGAGGCUAUCAUAGGGUUCGAUGAACCGGAUCCGUGA